AUUCGAGAGAGCUGGAGCUCACCAUACAUCUCCUCGAACAAUGAUGAUUUUAUGACCCGAUCUUUAACUCCGCCCAAGUACAGCUUCGUGUUAGAUACACGAUAGCAGAACACCGCCGCAAUGCAGCUCACUUCGACUGGCGGAGAGUCUAUCAAGGCUCAAGUCGUGGACAAUGUACCCAAAAAAUUUGCCUCUCUCAAAUUUGGUAUCCAAUCCAAUACUCAGAUUGUCAACCAGGGCGUCCUCGAAGUUUCUGAUCGCAUCCUCUAUAACAUGGAGAAGGGACGAAAGCCCAUGGAAAACGGACCACUGGACACAAGAUUGGGAACUUCAAGCAAGACGGGAAUUUGCGAAACAUGCGGUGAAGGGCUUCAGAAUUGCAAUGGCCAUUUUGGUCACGUUCGACUGGCUCUUCCAGCAUUUCAUAUUGGUUAUCUGAAGUUGACUCAGAUGUUUUUGCAAAAUAUUUGCAAAGAUUGCGCCAGAGUGCUACUCACAGAAUCCGAACGACGAGCCUUCCUGAAGCAACUCCGAGUACCAGGAAUCGACAAUCUUAAGCGGACACAGGUUUGUAAGAAAAUCAACGAGCAAUGUCGAAAAGUCAGACUAUGCCCGUACUGCGAUGCUGUCAAUGGCCAGAUUCGAAAGCUUGCGCCUCUGAGGUUGGCCCACGAUCGUUAUCAGGCUUUCAACAAGUCAACGGCUGCGAAGAAAGUUGCUCCUCCAUCAAUGGUCGUAUAUCAUAAGUCAUUUGAGGAGGCGAAGAAGAACAAUGCGGAACUUGACAAGCACCUGAAGAAGGCGAUGGAUGACCUCAAUCCGCUAAGAGUUUUGAAUCUGUUCAAGAUGAUCACACCAAGUGAUUGCGAGCUCUUAGGACUCAAUCCUGCAGAGGGUAGGCCCGAGAUGUUCAUCUGGCAGUUUGUUCCGGCACCACCAAUCUGCAUUCGUCCAUCUGUUGCGCAAGAGAAUGCAAGUAACGAAGAUGAUCUCACGACAAAACUUGCUGAAAUCGUCCACGUCAGUUCCAUGAUUCGUGCCGCUUUGCAAAGAGGUCAACCGAUCCAAACUAUCGUGGAGCAAUGGGAUUUCCUGCAAACACAAAUCGCCCUCUACGUCAACAGCGAUGUUCCUGGUCUUCAAGAUAAAGGCAAUGGCAAGGCAAUCCGAGGAUUUUGUCAACGUCUCAAGGGAAAACAAGGCCGAUUCAGAGGAAAUCUGUCAGGAAAGCGCGUCGAUUUCUCUGCCCGAACUGUCAUCUCUCCAGACCCGAACAUGUCGAUCGAGCAGGUUGCUGUUCCUGUAUUGGUGGCCAAGAACAUGACCUAUCCGGAGCGAGUGCAGCGGCAAAAUAUCGAGAAGCUAAGACAGUGUGUUCUCAAUGGCCCUGAGGUUCAUCCAGGUGCCAACCAGAUCGUGAAAAAAGAUUCGGACCACAAAAUCUCACUCAAAUUUGCUCGUCGUCCGGAUGCAGCAAAGAACUUGAGGAUUGGGGACGUUGUUGAGAGACACCUCGAAGAUGGGGAUAUCGUACUUUUCAACCGACAACCUUCUCUUCAUAAACUGAGUAUCAUGAGUCAUUAUGUCAAGGUCAGACCUUGGAGAACCUUCCGCCUCAAUGAGUGUGUUUGCAAUCCCUACAACGCCGAUUUCGACGGAGACGAGAUGAACUUGCACGUGCCUCAGACUGAAGAAGCUAGAACAGAAGCUAUCAACCUCAUGGGAGUAAAGAACAACCUUUCUACGCCAAAGAACGGAGAGCCAAUCAUUUCAGCCACCCAAGAUUUCAUUACCGCUGCAUAUCUCUUGAGUAGCAAGGAGAAUUUCUUCGAUAGGAAAACCUUUACAACGCUAUGUAUGUACAUGGUCGAUGGUAACACUCAUUUGGACCUGCCACCACCCGCAAUUAUCAAGCCCGAGGCACUCUGGACUGGGAAGCAAGUUUUCAGUAUUCUCAUGCGUCCAAACAAAAAAUCCCCAGUGAAGGUCAACUUGGAUGCUAAGUGUCGAGACUACAAGUCCGUACAAGGGCAAUGUCCAGAUAUGGAUAUCAACGAUGGUUGGCUUGUGGUUCGCAACUCCGAAGUUAUGUGCGGCCGAAUGGACAAAACUACAGUUGGAUCUGGAAAGAAAGAUUCCAUUUUCUAUAUUAUUCUUCGAGAUUUUGGUCCUGAUGAGGCUGUCAUAGCCAUGGACAGACUUGCGAAAGUAUCGGCUCGCUACCUUACGAAUAUGGGGUUUUCCAUUGGUAUCAGUGAUGUCUACCCAUCGCAGAAGCUCACCGAACAUAAAGCAAUACUUGUCGCUGAAGCGUACGAUGCAUCUGAAGUUCUCAUCAAUCAAUUCAAGAACGGAACUCUCGAAAAGGCUACGGGUUGCGAUCUAGAGGAAAGUUUAGAAAACAAAAUCUCUGGUGUCCUCAGCAAAGUCAGACAAGAUGCUGGAGAGUAUUGUAUCAACACACUCAGCAAAUGGAACGCUCCUCUUAUCAUGGCCAAAUCCGGAUCCAAGGGUUCGAAUAUUAACGUGGCUCAGAUGGUCGCAGUCGUUGGACAGCAAAUUAUUGGAGGUCAACGUGUUGCGGAUGGAUUCCAAGACAGAACCCUACCUCAUUUCCCAAAGAACGCUCGCCAGCCUCCAUCUAAGGGUUUCGUCAGAAACAGCUUCUUCACGGGCCUUACGCCCACAGAGUUCUUAUUCCACGCAAUUUCUGGUCGCGAAGGUUUGGUUGAUACAGCUGUUAAAACUGCCGAAACCGGAUAUAUGUCAAGAAGACUGAUGAAGUCUCUUGAAGAUUUAUCCACGCAGUACGAUGACACUGUUCGAAACUCUUCAGGCAUAGUCGUUCAGUUCCAAUUUGGAGCAGACAAGUUAGAUCCGGUUGACAUGGAAGGUACUGCUGUGCCGGUGCAUUUUUCCCGCACAUGGACUCAUGCCGAGGCAUUGACUUGGGAUAACAACGAGCCAGGACUGUUGCCGUACCAAAUCACUGCCGAGUGUGCCAAGCUAUUGGCUCCUGAGCGACUUAGGUACCAGAGGAAAGACGUCUUUGGCAAGCCUCUUGAAUACGAUGACGAGACCGAUUAUGGUGUCGAUGAAUUCGAAAGUGCCCGUGGGUUCCUCGUCACCAUUACCGACUUCAUCAAAGAUCUAGCCUCUGAUUUAGCUAUGGCACGCCAGCUGGCAGGUCUGCACGACUUUGAAGACCCUCCUGUGGCUGGUGAUCUUCACACGCCUGAAGCUGAAGACCAAGCGAGAAUAGCUCAAAUGGAUCGUGUCCAUAAGGUUUCUCUCCGCACACUAAGAAUGUUCAUUUCCCUAUGUUUGGAUAAGUAUGCCAAGGCACACGUGGAACCUGGUCAUGCUGUAGGAGCGGUCGGAGCACAGUCCAUUGGAGAGCCAGGCACACAGAUGACCUUGAAAACGUUCCAUUUUGCUGGUGUUGCUGGUAUGAGUAUUACUCAGGGUGUACCUCGUAUCAAGGAAAUCAUCAACGCAUCGAAGGUCAUCAGUACGCCAGUCAUCAGCUGUCCGCUGGAGAACAAAUACAAACUCGAAGCCGCUCAUGUUGUAAAAAGUCGCAUCGAGAAGACUUACAUCUCUGAUGUCCUCCGCUUCGUAGAAGACAUGUGGUCAGCCAAAAGUUCCACGGUGUGCUUGUGUAUCAACAUGGACGCUCUUAGCGAUAUGCAACUUGGUCUUACUUUGGCAGAUAUCGCCAAUUCCAUCUCCAGCAACAAGAAGAUGAAGAUUCGCAAUCACGACAUUUCUCUCGCUGGAGACUGCUUGUUCGUUAACGUCACCCCGGACAGUGGCGGAAAUCUAGGAGCUCGAGGCGCCCCUAAAAAGGGUGCUGUUGAUGAAAAUUAUUCCGAUAUUUUACUUCGGGUCAAUUACCUCAAGCGUGCACUUCCUGCAAUUGCUAUCUCUGGAUAUGCUGAUGCAACCCGUGCCAUCAUUCAGAAGACAACAGAGACCUCAGAUGAACGCGGGAGACACGACACACAUAUGGUCCUUGUAGAAGGUUACGGUCUUCGAGCUUGUAUGACCACAGAAGGAGUUAUCGGUACGAAGACGACUAGCAACGGUAUCAUGGAGGUCAAAGACGUUCUCGGCAUCGAAGCUGCACGAACCACUAUUGCUACUGAAAUCGGUGCCGUCAUGGGAGACAUGGGUAUCGAUCCUCGACACAUGCAACUUCUCGCUGAUGUCAUGACAUAUAAAGGAGAAGUUCUUGGCAUCACUCGAUUUGGACUUUCGAAGAUGCGUGACAGUGUCCUGCAGCUUGCCUCUUUCGAGAAGACCCCCGACCACUUGUUCGAUGCUGCAGCCGGCAUGAAAAUAGAUCUCAUCGAAGGAGUCAGCGAGUGUAUCAUCAUGGGACAGACAAUGAGCGUUGGUACGGGUGCAUUCCAGGUUGUGCGGAAAUUAGGUCUCAAGCCCGAGGACUUGAAGAAGAAACCCACUCUUUUCGAAGAUGCAUGGCUAGUUGACCAGGCUGAACGUCAGAAGAUCCGCGCGGCAGAAGUGGCCGAGCGGAAGAGAAUCGCGGCGGAGAGAAGGGCGAAUGGUUUGCCGGUGGAAAUGGAGUUUUGAUUUGGACUUGCGUUUGGGACUUUGGGACUUUCUAGGUGCGUAGCUGGAUGGACAAAUGGAGUUCGGGACAGAUUUUGGUUUAUUGGAAGUGACGGAAAGGCAUCUAUGGCGUUUUCAUAUUCCCCAACUGCAGCCGAAAAUUCGGGUGGCGCUGAUUGUAGAUUCCGAUACAGAAUUCGGAUCAAAAAAGGAUACAGUAGAUGAGACGAGAUAAACAAUAAUGAUACAUUA